AUGUCCGCCUCCCAAGCACCAGCUGUUGCCCCGAUCCGCUCGACCGACAAGAACGGCAACGUUAUAAACAGCGUCGGCUUCCAGCGCUUCGGCUUCGACUGCGAGGUCUCUCUCGACCUCCUCCGCUCACUCUACCUGCGCCCCCACUAUGUCAUCACCGCUGCCUCGGACCAGGAUGCGGAGAAGGAGGAGACUGAGCACGCGAAGUUCACUGGUAACUACGCUGCGUACCAGUCCAAGUCUAUCUUCCACCCCGACAGCCACUCCAUCUCCUACACCACCCUCUCCCGCUUCCCUCCCGUAAAGCUGCUCCCGCCAUCUGAGCGCAAGCGCAUUCUUGUUACCGGUGGUGCUGGUUUCGUCGGGUCGCAUCUGGUUGACCGCUUGAUGCUCCUCGGCCAUGAAGUCACUGUCCUCGACAACUUCUUCACUGGCUCCAAGACCACGGUCUCUCACUGGAUCGGUCACCCCAACUUUGAGAUGGUCCGCCACGACGUUGUCGAGCCCUUCAUGAUUGAGUGCGACCAGAUCUAUCACCUCGCUUGCCCCGCCUCGCCGCCGCACUAUCAGUUCAACGCGGUGAAGACGAUCAAGACGUCAUUCAUGGGCACCUUGAACAUGCUCGGUCUCGCCAAGCGCACCAAGGCCCGCUUCCUCAUCACCUCGACCUCAGAGGUGUACGGUGACCCGGAGGUUCACCCCCAGCACGAGGACUACUGGGGACAUGUGAACCCCAUUGGCCCCCGCGCCUGCUACGAUGAGGGCAAGCGUGUUGCCGAGACCUUGACGUAUGGCUUCCACCGCCAGGACGGCGUCGAUGUCCGUGUUGCGCGUAUCUUCAACACUUACGGCCCUCGCAUGAACCCCUUCGACGGCCGCGUCGUCUCGAACUUCAUCGUGCAGGCGCUGCGCGGGGAGGACAUGACCGUGUACGGCGACGGCAAGCAGACGCGCUCGUUCCAGUACAUCCACGACCUCAUCGACGGCCUGAUCGCGCUCAUGAACUCGGGCGAGACGCGCCCGGUGAACAUCGGGAACGGCGACGAGUUCACGAUCGGCCAGUUCGCGGAGCUCGUGCGCGACAUCGUCGAGAAGGUGCAGCGCGAGGACGGCGUGCCCGCGCCGCGCCGCGUCGACAUCGUGUACAAGCCGAUGCCGACGGACGACCCGCAGAAGCGCCGCCCGGACACGACGCGCGCGAAGACGGUGCUCGACUGGGAGCCGCGCUGGACCGUGCGCAUGGGCCUCGAGGAGAUGGUGCGCUACUACAAGGCGAAGAUGAUCGAGGGCAGCCUGUGAGGAGGUUCCCCGCGCGUACCAAGGGAAGUUGCACAUAAGAUAGACUCGGAGGCGGUGACGAGGAUGGAGGUCUCCCUUGGCUCUGACACGGACAGCGUUUUGGGUUCUUGAGACGGCUCUUGACGAAGACGAGACGACGAUCAUGGCAGUAGACUAAACGAUAGAUAAAAUGCAAAGCGGAUCUCCUAGACAUUCACGGUCCCC